AUGGCGCGCAAGAAGAUGCGAUGUAGCUUCCCAGACUGCAAGGAUCAGCCGCAGCGCACCGCGGGGGAUUGCGGCUUCUGCGGGGGACGGUUCUGCGGCAAGCACCGGCUGCUUGAGGACCACAGCUGCACCGGGCUAGACGAUGUGAGUUGCAAGAAGGAGUCGCACGAGCGCAAUGCCGCCCGGCUGGAGAGCGAGAAGACCCAGGUGGUCAAGGGUGUUUGA